AUGAUUAGUAAAACAAUCCAGAUUAAUGAUGAAUUCAUUGAUAAACAGGAAAAACUAAUGGAAGAAAUUGUGAAUGCAAAGUAUGAUCAGGUUGAAGCUUUCCGGGAAAUUCUGUACAAACAAGAACAAUCAACACUCUUUGCUGAGAGUGUUUAUGGCGAUUUCUGGGGAACAGGUUUAAAGAAAGCCGGAACAGAACAUACCGAUCCCAGAAAAUGGCCUGGACAGAAUGUGCUGGGGCAGAUCUUUCGUAAGAUCGUCAGUACGCGAAGGCCGGCGCCACCACGGAGAUCUGAGUCUGUUCCUAGGAAUCUACAGGCAGCCUCACAGCGUCAUAUCUCAGACAUGUUGAGUUCGAUUCGGAAAUCCGACAAAAGAGCUGAUAAGCAGCCGUCUACUAUGCAAGACCACUCUCGGUCUCCGCGUAAAUCUGUGCAGACCAACAGGCGCAAAAUGCGGGCUACAAAAACAACGAUGUCAACUCUCUCGGAGAAAAACCGCUGGGUACGGACUAUGAUAGUGGUUAGUGCGCGCUCUUAA